ACUGUCACUUACUCAUAAACAAAUUAUUGGGAAAUGGAAAUCUAUUUUUAUAAUUGAAUUUUGUAGAAUCUUCUCGGUUUCUCAGUAAGGUGAUAUUAAUGAGGGCAGACUGCUUUUGAGUGAAAAGUCUUCUUAAGGUGCUUUUAGUGACAAUAUUCAAAUAAUUCAAUGGUGAGAAUGGCCGAACCGCAAGUGGAUCAAGUGAUUGAACUCAAAGAUAAAGGAAAUGAAGCGUUUAAGUCCGGCGAAUGGCAAACGGCAAUUCAAUUUUACACCAACGCAAUCAAAGUUGGUGAAAAACACAAGGACCUAGCUACCUUCUAUAAAAAUCGGGCGGCUGCUUACUUAAAAACCGAAAACUAUGAGGAAGCCAUAAACGACUGUUCCAAGGCUUUAAGUUCACUACCCACCGAUCCGAAAGCACUGUUCCGUCGAUCGCAGGCGCUCGAAGCGUUGGGUCGUGUCGAAGAGUCCUACCAAGAUCUUCAAAGCAUCUGGAAAUCAGAUCCCGGUAACAAGUCAAUCCAAGAUUCAAUGGUACGUCUGCAUGCCAUUGUCCAAGAACGUGUUCAUCAAAACUCACAAACAACGAACAAGGUUUCACAAAUGAGUCAAAUUGCCUUCGACUUGAAUGAACCUGAGGACAAACGUAAGGGUGCAAUGAACAAUUUGUUGGUAUUGGCAAGGGAACCGGUUGCUGCUGAUUUGAUGCAGAAAGCGGGAGUGAUUGAGAAAAUUGUGUCGCUGGUUAAAAUAGAAAAAAAUCCGGAGAUUUACUUGAACGCCAUUCGUACGGUCGAUGAAAUGUGCACGAAAUCAGUGCAGCGCACGAAGGCAAUUCUUCGAGUCAUUGGCAUACCGUGGUUUUUGGAGAUUUUGGACAGCACCAACGAUGAUCGAGUAACUGCAUCGCAGCAUUGUAUGCAAACCAUUCUGAACACAUUUUCCGGUAUGGGAAACAAAAUCGAUUCGAAACCGGACAAACAAAUGUGCGACGAUAACAGCAAGGAGAUCGACACUUUGCUGACCUGUCUGACGUAUUCGAUUUCCAACCGUACGAUCAGUGGAAAGGCUCGCGACGCUAUAAUGGAACUGUUAACUCGUAAUAUUCACCACACCGCUUUGAAUUGGGCUGAACGUUUGGUGGACAUCCGGGGAUUGAUUCGCUUGUUAGACGUUUGCAGCGAAUUGGAAGAGUACAAGUACGAGAGUGCUAUGGACAUUACACCGUCAUCCAGAACCAUUGCGUCCGUUUGUUUGGCUCGUAUUUACGAGAACAUGUACUACGACGAGCUACGAGCCAAAUACACCGAACAAAUUGACGAAUACAUCAAGGAUAAGCUCCUGGCUCCCGAUCUUGAAGCGAAAGUACGUGUCACUGUGGCUAUAACUUCACUACUUCAAGGAGCUGUUGAUGUGGGAAAUUCCAUCAUUUCAAGAGAGGGCAUUUUGCCAAUGAUCCUGGUCAUGGCCACCACCGAAGACGUGUUACAGCAAAAAGUGGCGUGUGAAUGUAUCGUUGCUGCCACAUCGAAAAAGGAAAAAGCGAAGGCCAUCAUUACGCAGGGAGUGGACAUUUUGAAAAAGUUAUAUCACUCGAAGGAUGAUGGUGUUCGUGUUCGAGCUUUGGUUGGAUUGUGCAAACUUGGCAGUUACGGCGGAUUGGAUGCAUCAAUUCGACCGUUUGCUGACGGAUCUACAAUGAAAUUGGCCGAGGCUUGUAGACGAUUUCUAAUUAAACCUGGGAAAGACAAGGACAUUCGUAAGUGGGCGACAGAUGGUCUAGCAUAUCUUACUUUGGACGCUGAAGUAAAAGAAAAAUUGAUCGAAGAUCGACCGGCAAUUCAAGCUCUCAUUCAAUUAGCAAAGACCGGCGAUCAAAAUGUUCUCUAUGGUGCUGUCACCACGUUCGUGAAUCUGUGCAACGCCUAUGACAAACAGGAACUGGUUCCGGAAAUGGUUGAAUUGGCCAAAUUUGCCAAACAUCACAUACCGGAAGAGCAUGAAUUGGACGAUCCGGACUUUGUCAACAAACGAUUGACCAUUUUAGCCGAUGAGGGAAUAACAACAGCGCUGGUGGCUCUAGCCAAAACUGAAAGUCACAACAGUCGUGAGUUGAUUGCCCGCGUCAUGAAUGCUCUAUGUGGACUGCAGGAGCUACGUGGAAAAGUGGUUCAACACGGUGGUGCUAAGGCACUGUUGCCGUUAUGUUUCGAAGGCACCGAAAAAGGAAAGCGACAAGCAGCACAGGCUCUAUCCCGUAUCGGAAUCACAAUCAACCCGGAAGUUGCAUUCCCUGGGCAGCGCAACUUAGAAGUGAUUCGACCGUUGCUGAACCAACUGCACAUGGACUGUACGGCCCUCGAGAAUUUCGAAUCAAUGAUGGCUCUGUGCAAUUUAGCUGCAAUGAACGAAACCGUACGUCAGCGCAUUUUGAAAGAGGGCGGUCUGCAAAAAGUCGAACUUUAUCUGAUGGAAGAUCAUCUUCUGUUAUGUCGUGCUGCUGCACAAGUUAUAUGCAAUAUGGUCGUGUCCGAAGAUGUGGUGAAAAUUCAUGAAAAGGAAAACGAUCGAGUCAAAUUUUUGGCAUUACUGUGCCAGGAAGAGGAUGAGGAUACGGCAAUGGCAGCGGCCGGCGCACUGGCAUGCCUAACAUCAAGCAGUGAGAUUUGUUGCAAGAAAAUGAUAGAACCGGAAAGUUGGCUCGACGUACUUCAUACAUUGAUUGCGAAUCCCAGUCCACAAGUGCAACAUCGCGGUACUGUUAUCGUGUUGAAUAUGAUCAACAGCAGCAAUGAAGUAGCCGAAAAGUUAUUCGACACAGACAUUAUGCAAUUGCUGAUGGGAUUGACGCAAUUACCCGACGAUUCUAGGGCCAAGGCAAGAGACGUAGCAAAGUUAUGUCUGGCCGCGGCGGAAAAGAAGAAAUUGAUUGUGAAGACAGACGAAAUCGAAAAAACAGACGACAUCGAAGUUCUGCCGAACGUAAUUGAACCGCCAACUGUUGAGGAAAUCAUUGAAUGAAUGGUUUCACCCGAAAAUGUGCCUUAAUUGUGCUGGGAGCACUUUUUAUUGUAAGGAUUAAUGUAAAGUUUGUCUGACAAUUUUUCGUACUUGAAAAUAAAUUGAAAAAUUAUUUAUUC